AAAAACUUAAAACACCAAAAUUAUUUAAAAAAUAAAAUCAUAAAAUAUUUUCACAGAAAAAAAAACGUUUCAUGACAAAAAAAAAACCUUUGAUGACAAAAACAUUUUAUUUUUUUUUGCAGUUGCUCUUCAGGGCCACCAUACAACAGACUUGUUUGGUUUUAAAAGUCAUUCAGGGAUAACGGUUUUAACAUGGGUGUGAUUAUGACAAUGAAAGCCGCUCAAAUACGUUUAUUAGCCGUUCAGAUUUUUAAGUUGUAUAAAACUGUUUGUAAAGAGGUCCGAUAUCAUCUUAAUUCAAAUAAACCUAAAGUUAUGGAUGUUUAAAACAAAUGAUAUGAACGUGUUUUAAAAUAAAUAUCGUUCAAGUUUUUGAAAACACAAAACAAACCGUCUGUGUCUCUCUAAAGCUCUAAAAAUGAUCAAAGUAUUUCUAUUUUUAAAAAACCUACAUCUUUUCUCGUCGAUCACCUCUUUGACCCCGCCCGUGUGAAGACGCUUCGGCUCCAUAACGAGCGUACACUCGCAUGCGCUGUGUUUGAAAGAGGCGUGGUUUAAUCUCUAACGGUGAAUCUGAUUGGCUGUUGGCUUCUCUUAGUUUUCAAAUCGAAGCAGCAGCUGCUGACGAACAGACAGAGCUGUCGGAAACAGACGACAGGAGCCGAGCGAGAAGAAACGGUGAGAAUACAUGAAAAAGCCCUUUAACGACAUUUAUCAAACAUUUGAAUCAUGUAGGAAUUUAUCGUCUUUAUUUACCUGUACUGUUUUCUUCGACGGAGGAGCUAAAGGUGGCUAACGCUAGCUCUCAUUAGGAACAGGCAUCUGUCAGAUAAACUCAGAUAAACUCUGUCGUUAUUUUGACGUUUUUACUCUGUGUAACUUAUCUGAAAUAUAUAAUCUUUUUGUACAGGAGAAAACUCCAAGUAUAAGCCUGUUUGUUUCAUGUUUAAUUCAUAGUUUACAGCUGAGUUUGUAUCCUGGUUACUGACACCUGAUCCUCUUUAAAGGACUAAUCAAUACACCUGAUCUGACCUGAACAAGAUAAGGUCUUAUGACUUUAGAAAUAACUAAUAAUCAACAAAAAUCAUUCUAAAAAGAUCUGUUAAAUUCUGGUAAUUCAGUCAAAACCAAAGAGCUUUAACAAACAAACAAACAUUUUAGAGAAAACAGAACAUUUAACUGAAACCAGAACAAAGUGCCAUCAUUGACUCUUGGUUAUUUUGGGUGUUUGUGAAGAAUAAAAAUAAACUACAAACAUGGACAUAAUAAGAUCUUAUUAAACCUCUUUACUCUUUUAACAGUCUGUAGACUGAGGCCAUGAGGCUGAACGAGUUUGACUCUUCCUCUGAAGACGAGGAGGUCGGAGAGGAUCAGCUGACACCCCUCAACAUCUCCUGGUGAGUCUCCUCAGUUUCACUUCCUGUCUCAGUCAAAGUUGAAGGUUUUAGCGGGUUAAAAUGAAUAAAAACAUGACUUUGUAGGAGUCAAGAGCCUGUAUUUCAGUAAUUAUAUGUUAAAAUUUAUCUCUGUGUUCAUUCAUGAGUGUUUUUCUUCUUUCAGGUUACCUCUCUCUAUAGUGGAGUGCUCUCAGUUUCUUGGGAUUUGUGGUUUACCAGGUAAAGUUACAGUUUCUCAUUAAACAUUUCUCUCUGUUACAGUUUUCUUCAUUAUUGCAGCUGAACAAAAUAUUCACUGUUUUAAUCUUCAGGCUGCAGAUUCAAAGAUAUCCGCCGGAGUCUUGAGAGAGACGUUGGUAAGAUCAUUUUAAUAAAAUCUAAAAUCGUACAUAUUUAAUUUGUAUAUAUUUAUUUCUCGGUUUCUGUCUCGUUCUCAGAGGAGAUGCAGAAUCAGGGGGUGCAGGAGGUGUUUGUUUUCUGCACCAGAGGAGAACUCAGUAAAUACCGGGUUCCCUCCCUGUUGGAGGCGUACCGUCAGCGAGGCUUCACCAUCCAUCACUGGCCUUUUCCGGACGGGGACGCUCCCGAGCUGGAGCAGUGCUGUCAGAUCCUGGAGGAGCUGCAGUUCAACCUGGAGACCAACAGGAGAACCGUCAUCCAGUAAGGAUGAACAUAUUAUCAACAUUGGGCCAAUUUAAACAUGAAAUCCUUAGAAUUUCAGGACAUUUUACGUACACACCUUGUCAAAGAUCAGGUUAAGUAAGAUGAUGAGACCAUGCUGCAUUCACUCACCCUGAGGUUGAACAGAUUUUUUACCAUAGGUCUGAUGAGGUGACCAGAUCAGACGUGCAUUUAGAUCUUCAAAGUGUGGGAAUUCAGCUGGUUGUUAACUUCUAACAGCAGCUUUUAUACACCAGAGCAGUAAAAGAACAGCUUUUGGUUAGUUUAUCUUUCAUUAAAAUCAGGUAAAAAUGCACUGAAACCCCUGAGGAGGUUUUGAAGUCACAGAGUGAGCGAUUAAAGCUGCUCUGAAACUCUCAGACUGGACUCACCUGAAGUGAAAUGGAGCGUGCAAAUACAGAAACCUUUCAUGAUGAGAAAAAUAUAAAAAUAUGCAGAAAUUUCUAGGACAAAAAGUCUUUUAGAAGUAUUUUUAAACCUCUUUGGAGUUUCACUCAGCUCUGGAGAACCUGAACACUCCUCACCGCUGUAAGAUUUUUAUACCUGACUGUAUUUUUCUGUCCUUCCAGCUGUUACGGAGGUUUCGGACGCUCUGGACUGAGUAAGAAUAUCUUCUUUAUCAUUUUUGAACUGUUUUCUGUGUUGGCUCCUGUUUAACGUUAAAUCUUCUGUUUUUCUGAUGAUUUCUGCUGCUCAGUUGCUGCCUGUCUGCUGCUUCAGCUCUCUCUAACGAUGACGGCGAAUAAGGCGAUCGAAAUCCUGCGAGAGUACCGAGGAGGAGGAGCGAUACAGACAGUGAAGGUGGGAGUUCACGUUUUGUAAUUCUGAAAGGAAGGACUGAAAGUUUGACUCCCACUCGUCUUCUCUUUAAGUUCUUGUUGUUUUAAUAUUUACAAACAUGUUAACUCAAAUAUUCUUCUGUCCUGCAGCAAUACAACUUCCUCCAUGAGUUUCGGGAACGUUACUCGGCCUACGUAGCGAGCAGAGAGGUUUCCACUGAGCGCCCCUUGUCUCGAUGAUCGCCUUCUUCUUCUUCUUCUUCUUCUUCUUCAGGUCACGAGCUGCAGAAAUAUUCUUUCCUGACUGUGUGUGCACUUUAACAGAAAACGCUAAUAUAUUUGCUUAUUUUCAUCCUCGUUUUCAAAUAAAGGCGUGAUGAGGAAAUCCUGCUCUGA